UCAUGAUAUUCAUGAUCGACGUCUGUGGGGAACUGAAAAUAAACAUAUAAUGCGCUCCCUACCAGCGGCGUUGAGGCUAUUCGCCUUAUGUUAAUCACCAGUUGAACUUGAUAUUAAAUUAAAUAUCGACUAUAAAAGCAUCGCUUCGACUACAACACUCUCGUUUUAAUACAAGGUACUUUCGUUCAUAUCAACAACAGGCAAGAUGAAGCUCUCCGCUGUCCUCGCUUUUGCUACCACUGCUUUGGCUGCUUCUAUACAGAGGCGCCAAGCCCAAAACUACGGCAUUGCCAACUUCGCCGCCGACUGCAUUCCGCAUAGCACAUUCUGCGCUUAUAACUUCAACAUUAUCACCGAUCCCAUCUUCCCUCCGGAUGUGUGCAGUGCUUUCGUGCAAGGCCCUGACGUCUUACCCGAAAUCACGGAGGGGAAGUGCAACAACACGGCUUACACGUGGUCGACGACCAAGACUCCGGAUGGCGGUAUCGACUUCGCCAUCUGGUACCCCUUUAACUCGCGCUCCAACAUCACCUACUGCCACACCAUCCCCGCCAGCCAGAUCACCACACAGAACAACGGUGCGGUGAGCACCCAGCACUACACCGGGCCGAGGAACUUCACGGCUUCCAUCUUCGACUGCGCUCUUCCGACUGCCAGCGUGUAAGAGCGUUAACGGGGUCUGAUGAAAAAUAUUAAUAUAUUGCUAUUCUAUAGACUAUUAUAAGCUAGUGGUAAUGUUUUAGGCUACUCGAAAAUAUACUUAUUUUCCAUCAU